UCCGUUUUCUCUAUAAAUAAAUAAAUACCCAACCGUUCUCAGACAGAGCACCUACCACUACUCCAAUCUCCAAAUUACCCAAUCAGGACCACCGAAACCGGCGAGCAACUCUCAGCCACCGUCGACGCCGCCGCAUCGCCACCCACAAUGUCCCCAUCUUCUCUCCUCCUCCUCAUCGGAGCUCUCCUGAUUUCACCCGCCCUCUCUCUAAAUUGCGCCUCGAAGAUUCAAAAUGUGUAUGCUAACUGUACGGUCCUCCCCACCCUCGGCGCCAUCCUCCACUGGAACUACACCGCGGCCAACUCCACCCUCUCCUUCACUUUCGGCGUAAAUACCACGAAAGGACAAUGGUCCUCCUUUGGCAUCAACGCCGGCAAGAAAACCGGCAUGGAUGGCGCGUUUGCCUUCGUCGCUAUAAAUUCAAAAUCUGGAAAUCUCAGUUUGAAGCAAUACAAUCUCACCUUCAAUUCCAGACCCGGCAUAACCGAGCAGCCUCUGCCGUGGACCGUCCGGAACGCCUCAGCGGUGGCGGGAUCCGACGAGGCCGUGUGGAUUUCCGCAACGGUAAGUCAACUGCCGGCGCUAUCGGAGUUAAACACCCUGUGGCAGGUGGGUCCGUUGGGUGCCGACAAUGCUCCAACGAUGCAUUCAAUGGGAACGGAGAAUAUGGAGGCUAAAACCACAUUGCAGUUAACUGCCGGAAAGAGCGUCGCUCCGGGGGUUUCACCUUCCCCUGCUCCGUCCGGUGGUUCAGAAAGUGACGGGGAAAAUGCGCCCCCGAUCACGCCGGUGCAGAGCCCAGGGAAUGCCACGGGCAGCUCCUCCGCGAACUGGAAGAGCACUGCAAAUCUGUACCCUUUGCUUUCAGUUUUGGGAGUUUUUGGAUUAGUGCUUUGAUUCCUUUGGCGUUUGAUUGUGUUGACUUUUUUUCCUGUUCGUACACUUUCUAAAAUAUCAUAGUGCUCUUGAUCGGAAUCAUAUCAGUAUUAGAAAUUGAGAACAGAGAGGAUGCACACACGUUUUUAAUUCAUGUUUGAUUAUUCUAAUUGAUUUCGAUAUCAUCAUUAUUCAGAAAAUUGAAUGUUAUCACAUGAGUGAUGAGCCUCAAAAUGAAGAUUUUUUUGAUUUUCUAAGUAUAUGUUUAUUUUAUGUUAACUUACAGAAAAUAAUAAAAGGUAAUUGUGACUUUUUUAUUAAAAGUGAUUUUUUUUUGUACCAGCCUGGCUGGUGGUGAGGUUACCGUACUGGGAAGUCUCGAGUUCGAAUCCCGCUAGACACAUAAGAGUUUGAAAUUCAAUAUAGUGAGUUUCAUCAUUACUCCAGGUCUCUCGGUCUCCCUCCCCCAGACCCCUGUAGAGUAAAAAAAAAGUGAUUUCUUUUUGUAGAAGCUUUUUUUGUCACUUCGGUCCUUCUAUAUUAUAUCACUGACAUUUUUGUUACUUGACUUUAAUUUUGUCUACUUUUAGUACCUGACUAUUGUGUGAGAGACAUUUUUGAUACACAUCUUUGAUAAUUCUUAGGAAUUAAAUGUGAAAAACUUUGGAGUCAAGAACUAAAAAUUUAUACUGUACAAUAGUCUAGAAUUAAUAUUAGAAAAAUUAAAAUUUAAAUACCAAAAGUAUCAAUGAUACAAUAGUAGUAGAAUAAAAAACGGCAAAAACUCUUUUAUACAAAUUGAACUGUUUUGUGGGACAUUGAUAAAAAAAAUGAGAACAGAUUUGGUGAAUGUGUGGCAAUUAUCAUAAAAUAAAAUUAUCUUAACUUUGUAACACACAAAUUACUACUGAGU